AUGGCUCGGUGGGUGUCGGGUGCUGCUGCAGCUGUAGCCCUGAUUUUGCAAGGCUGCAGCGACGACUCACCCACUCCUCGUCCACCAUCCGUGCCCGCUGUGACGCUUCGAAAUGGUGUGCAAAUGCCAAUGCUGGCAGCAGGCACCUGGCAGUACAAUGACUCGGUCGCAGAAGAUGCAGUGGUAGCUGCUUUCAAUGCAGGCUUCCAACACAUUGAUACAGCUUACGACUAUCACAACCAGGUUGGUGUUGGGAAAGGCUUGAAGAGAUCUGGGAAAGCAAGGGGGUCCUUCUUCCUCACCAGCAAGGUGCCUGGAUGCGGUAGCCAGAACGUGAGCGCCAAGAGCGUCGAGCAGUGCAAGACUGAAACAGAAGACAAGCUCGUGAUCGAUUUGCAACAGCUGAACCUCACCUAUAUUGAUUUGGUUUUGGUGCACUUUCCGCCAUGCCCGGGAGAUGAUGGAACAGCCGAAAGUCCCUCCAACAGCUCGUGCUACGCACCCCACAGUGGCUGUACUCAUCCCCAAGCAUGCGACAUGAUACGCGCUCAAUGGAGUGUGUUGACCAAUGCAUACAAGAAGCAGCAGAUCCGCGCGAUUGGGGUAUCCAACUACUGCAGCGCAUGCUUGGAGUGCUUAGCUGGAAGUGAGGUCUUCCCGAUGGUGAACCAGGUGCAACUGCAUGUGGGUAUGGGAUCAGACCCUGAGGGGUUCCGGACCUUCGCAGAAAAGCAUCAGAUCAAGCUCCAGGCAUACAGUCCAUUUGGAAGUGGUGGCCACGGCUCUGAGGAGAUUUUAAAAGCCGGAUGUGGAAUGUCCAUCCCAUGGCAUGUGGACAUGCGGGGAAACUUGACCACAUCGAUUGGGAACAAGUAUGGAAAGUCUGCUGCGCAGGUGGCUUUGAAAUGGAUCGUCUCCCACAAUGUCUCGGUGGCCACGAAGUCUGCAAAUCCAGCCCAUUUGAAGGCCAAUCUGGACAUUUUCGACUUUACGCUUAGCGAUGGAGAUCUCACAAGCCUUGACAAAGCAACAUUUGCUUCGGAGGACUAG